AUGUCGUUGAGCAAGGAUGAGCUUCAAAGUUCCCUAGAAGCACAUGAACAAAGAAUGGACGAGAGAGGAAGCUAUAAGGGAAAGGCGGAGAUAGCUUUGCAAGUUCGUUUCAAUGAAAGAAGUAAAGCAAAGUGUGGUGCUAAACAGCUUGAAUCUAAAGGGGAUGAAGCUAAGGUUGCGAGGCAAGAGGUGGAUGAUGAAGCCACACUCUUAAUGAUGAUUACCGAUGAGUGUGACGGCAUGACAGAGGUGCUGGACAGUAGCUGCAAGUCACGGGACAGCAGCUGCAGCAGUGCAGAAAAUGCGACAGUUUUGAGUUCGGAACAAAAUGUGAUGAUUUCGGUUCGAGAUGGAACUCAAGGCAACGAGGAGUGUAUUGGUCAAUUACUCGAAAAGGGUUACAACAUACGUUUGGAAGAUAAGAUCUUGCGGGUUGUUGAUGCUAGUGGUGUGUUGAUCCUAAAGGCUCCUAUGGCUACCAAUAGGACUUUCAAAGUUGAACUGAAAGUAUUGGAACAUAGGUGUUUAGCUACAGCUGCAAGUAGAGAGGAGUGGUUAUGGCAUUAUCGUCUCGAUUACUUGAAUUUUCGUGAUCUCAAAGCGUUGCAACAAGAAGGUAUGGUUACCGGGCUGCCACACAUUAACGUUCCAGCUGAGUUGUGUAGGACCAAAGCACACCUUGAGGUGGUGUAUUCCGAUGUUUGUGGACCUGUGCAAGUGGACACAUUCGGUGGAAAUUGA